CUCAAUUCAUCAAAUACUUGAGGAAGCCACUGGAUCAAUUGAUUUCCAGCUGCUAUCAAAAAGUCUACAUUAAGCCAAACAUUCAUGCUCCAUAUUCUAGAUUGCAUCGCGCCUGUUCUGACUGACAAGUACCAUACAAGUAAAGACACAAGCGCCGGGACUGAACGUCCGUCGGCGGCCCAGCCCAGCCCAGCCCAUGCCAUCUCCUCCGCCGCCCGCAGCAGCCCGCAGCGCAAUUCCCCCUCCGACCUGACCUCAACCCGUUUGUACAGUACUGAUGUACAUAGUACAGCACACGACCCCUCAACCCACUACCAAGAUACACAAAUACUCUCCUGCAACAAAUCAUCCACCUUAUCUACAGCCCACCACCUUCAAAGACGAUCACCCUGAACUCCUCCCUCGAACCACGCCACCUCCACCACACCACCAUCACCAACAGAAACCCCUC